CCUCUUCUCUUCUUCACUGCCACACAACCAACAUGACCUUCCUCAACCUCCCCCCGCUAACCCUCGGCCUCGCCGGCCUAACAACGACCCUCGUCCUCCUGCGCUGGUUCGCGAAGCGCUACCCAGACAUCCACCCCUUCGCCCUCUACAACCAGACCUCGAUCUCGCCCGUGCGCAAGCCGGAUGAAUCCGCCGUGCACCGCGCGAACAUGACGCCGUUCACGUACCCGCUGAUUUCAGGAUUGAAUAUCCGCGAGGGACAUACUUUUCGUGACGGGGAUUUGAGGGAUGUUUGGGGGCUUGCGGAGAGGGGGGAUUUGACGGUCGUGGAUAGCGUGAGCGGGGAGAAGACUGUGCUUGGGUACGCUGCGCUCACGCCGAAAGUCGACGCGAUCGCGGCGGCGUUGCUGAAGUUUGCAAAGGCUGCUAGUAGCAGUCCUGUUAAGGUCGCAGUGUACCUCCCCAACUCACUCGCGAACUUUCUAAUCUCCUCCGCGUGCGCGAACCACGGCUUCGCGGUCGUGCUCGUCCCGCUGACAAAAGACAUGCGCGAGCUUUCUGCGCAUCUGGCAGCCACUUUGCCCGACGUGCUCGUCUGCAACGCCGGCACUAUCGAUUUCCUCUCACUCGAGCUUCCAGCGUCUAUAACCUCCGUCGUGCUCGUGCCGCAGAACUUUGAUUUGUCGGAUGCCGUCAAAGGCGGGGUGGAUGCGGAGACGAAGGACGUGGCGGAGUGGACGGAGCAGUUGGAGACGAAGUUGGCGGGUCGGGGGGUGGGCGUGCAUACCUUGUCGGAGAUGAUUGGGUAUAAAGCCGAGGAGAAGGUUGAUGUUCUGGACGGAGAUGCGUUUGCUAGGUUGCCGGCGUUUGUCGCGACGUAUACGACUCCUGACGGAAAAAUGCAAGCUGUAGAGUUUGCUCACCAUAACAUUGUCUCGGCAGUAGCAGCCCAGCUACGGUCGCUUCCCCAGCACGAACAGCUACGCACGACAGACGUCGUCGCGCCGCUCGACUCAUGGCACGAACUCUACAACCGCAUCAUGCUCCUCACCGGCAUGGCCGCCGGCGCACACAUAGUCCUCUGCGGCACCUCAGGCGGCGGCGCGCAUGAUCUCGAGGUCGUAAAGUCCAUCCAGCCUACCGUUUUGAUCGCAUCCGCAAACACGCUACUGAAAAUGUGCGAAUUCGCACCCUCGUUCCACACCGGCUUCAAACUCCGCCGCGCACUAGGUCUCCUCGCGCAAGGCUCCCUUCCCUCCGCCGUCAUCCCAGAAUACGCCUCCCUCCGCAUCCUCUACACGCACGAAGACCAGCCCCCGCUCCUCACCUCGGCCUUUCCCCGCGCCAGCAGCACCCCCGCGACCCUACCGAAAGAAACCUCGCUGACGUCGACGCAGUUGACGCAGAUCCGGGCGCUGCUCGGCGCGCGCGUGAUUUACGCGCUGACGCACGCGCAGGUCGCGGGCGCGAUUUGUCAGACGCAUUUGUUGGAUUACAGGGAUCUGGGGAAAGUGCGAAAUUUUGGGUCCGUGAUGCCGAGUCUUGAGGCGAUGGUUAGAGAUGUUGAGACUUUGAAGGGGGCUGAUAGACGUGGGCAGUUGUUUGUUCGAGGACCGGCGGCGAUUGGUCGUGAUUGGGUCGCGACUGAUAUCGUAGGCGAGUGGGGUGAAGACGGAUGUUUCCGAGAACUGUAGUCGUCCAUGCGAUGCAUAAAUGCGUGACGUAGUCUUUGUGAAUAAAAAAUGAUAACGAUAUAUUAUAUGAAGAAUAGUAGUGAUAUAAAC